AUGAAGACUCCUCCGGACAGGUCGGGAAUCACUUUUGAGGUUGGAGCUCAGCUAGAAGCCCGAGACCGCCAAAAGAACUGGUACGCAGCCACGAUUGAGAAAAUCGACUACGACAAAGAGCGGGUCCAGGUCCACUACCGACAGUGGAGCCGUCGACAUAAUGAGUGGUUUCACUGGAGCUCGCCGUACCUGCGGCCACUGGAGCGAGUCAGCCUGAGGAGGCAGGGCCUGAACCCACCAUGUUCACAGCCGAUGUUUGUUUCGGGUACGAAGGUCCUGGCGUGUUGGACAGACUGUCGUUUCUACCCGGCUAAAAUCCUCAGAGUCAACAAGGACG